GCGAGAGAACCUGCGCGUCAGUAUGUGUGUGGCGGCAGAGGAGGAAGGAGGUGCGGGGCGCUCCAAGGCCCAACGCCGCUGACCCAACGCUUACGGGGCUGUUUUUCUGAUCAACCGCUUGAGGGCCUGUGCUCCAAAGUGCCGUCGGGAACCAGCGGAAGCAGGUGUAGCUGGCGCUCGCUGCUGUGCCUAUAUUUUCUCUGAUUUUUUUAGAUGUUUAUAGAGAGAGAUGUCCAUCUGAUUCUUUAAAAUAUAGUGCUGGAUUUAAGGGAAAAAAUAACGUUAUUUGUCUCGGGAAUAAACAAAGAGAGAAAAUCUUUAAGAUUAAAAAACAUAAAAUCUGUGGGGCGAAGUGAGACUACGAAACAGAGAGAGAGAGAGAGUGAGCUACAAUUAAAAAACGCAAGGAGAGAGAGAGAGAGAGACCGAAGGUGUAUGGGCAACCGUAUUGUCGAGUCGAGCGGCACCUAGCAACGCGUACUUUGUCUGCCUCAGCUCUGAUUCACCGCAAAACUUGCUGUCCUCGCUCCCUUGUGGUCUCGCGGCCGUGUCACACCCGCUCGGAUCAUCCUCGGCCGACGAGAGGCCGCCACUUCCUUUUUCUCCUUUUCUUCCCUCCUCCCUUCUCUCUCCGUCCAGAAAAAUCUGCCUCGCUCCCCGCCUCUUUGAUCCUCGGAACGAGUGCGUGCGUGCGUGUGCGCUCGACCGCGCGCGUGUGCGUGUGUUCGCGAACCCCGCUGUGUAUGGUGGGUGCGGCAGCGGCGGCGAAGACACCCCGAAUUCGCGGCACCCGACCGAGCCUGGAUUGUUAUCUACGUAGCGUCGCAGUCACCAGCUCCGAAGUUAGGUAUCCCAGCCUGUCGUAAAAGACGAUUAACCGAGGGCGCCGCCAUAGGAUUGAAAUAUUUUCUACAACAGCUCUAUACACCAAUCAGAAAACAACAAUAAAUACAGGCGCCAUGGUGGGCUCGGUCACGCGCUGGGAGCCUGGCGUGGGGGGGGACCAGCAACACCUCGCCGUGACGGACCACGUGGCUGGCCUGGACCCGCCCAUUAUCCCGCUCUCGUUGCCCACACUGCCACGCCCCCUGCCUAGUCACGCCCACACACCCCGACCCGCAGAGGAUCUCGACGGAAGCGUCGAGGAAACGCCGUGUCUGGAGGAGCACCGACGCGGGCGUGACCGCACGACGUCGCCGCGCCACGCGCCCUCGCAGCCGCCCGCGAGCGCCCGCCCAGAGAGCCUGCCCGGCCUGGACGCUCCCGUGAACGGCCGCCAGCACAACCACCACCGCGCCCCGGCGCCUACGACCUCCAGCGCGCACGAAGCGCAUCCCGGCAGCGCCGCCCACACCUCCACCAACGGCACGAGGAGGCGGCCGCCGCCCGUCCUGCCGCCCGCCCUCGCGACGCCUGACGCGUGGGGCGAGCCGGAGGAGACGGCGCCCCUCACGCCCGCCACCAACGGGGAAGUGGCCCGGCGCGGGCUAAACGGCGUCGUGGUGAAGAAGAUGGCGCCCGUAGAGGAGGCGGUGAUGGAGGAGGAGGUGGAAGAGGGGGAGGAGGCAGCGCUCCGGGACGAGGAGGAGGUGGAGGAGGAGGAGCUCAAGUGCGGACUCGGCCCUUGCUGCACGCCCGUGUGGGUGCAAAAGUACGCGAGCAAACAGAUGUUCUUGUUUGUGUUCUGUUUAACUUCAGUGUUACAAGGAAUGUAUUAUACGUAUGUGGUUAGUAUCCUUACUACUAUAGAAAAGUUGUUUCAGUUGCAAAGUAAGACGACUGGAAUCAUCCUCAGUGCUACGGAAAUGGGCCAAAUAGGCGGUGCUCUGUUGCUCACCUACUACGGGGGCCAGGGACACAGACCCAAGUGGAUAGGCUGGGGCAUCAUUCUGUUCGCCUUCUUCGCCUUCUUCUCGUCCCUCCCGCACUUCCUCUUCGGCGACAUCAUCCUCAAGAGGUUCCAGGACUCAACACCGUCCCAGGAUAACCCGCUCGAGUCCGCCAACACGUGCGAGGUGCCCGGCUGGAGCGCCCCCGAGCUGAACGCGUCCCUGGCGGCGGCGGGGAACGCCACCAACGACAGCUGUGAUUCCCCCGACAGCCUGAGUCAGGCGGUCAUGUCCAUCCUGUUCCUGUCGCUCCUGGGCGUCGGCAUAGGCCAGACGGCCGCCUACAACCUGGGCAUUCCGUACAUCGACGACAACAUCGCCAGCAGAGAGUCGCCCAUUUACUUCGCUGUGACGAGUGGCGUGAGGAUUCUCGGUCCAACGCUGGGCUUCGUCCUGGGGUCCUUCUGCACUCGGCUCUACGUGGACCCCUUCCAGGACCCCAGCUUCACGCCUAACGACCCCAGAUGGAUAGGAGCUUGGUGGCUAGGCCUGGUGGUGGUGUCCGUGGCGCUGUUCCUGACGAGCCUGGCCAUGUUCUCAUUCCCGCACCGCCUGCCGUUCACGCCCGCCCAAGCCAGCCCCGCCCACCAGCAGGCACUCAACCCUUCCAACCCGACGGCACCGCCCUGCAACCCGUCGCUCAGAGAUUUCCCCCGAGCUGUGCGCCGUCUCCUUGGCAACGACAUCCUGAUGCUGAGGAUGGCCAGCAGCGUCCUGCACAUCCUCCCCAUCUCCGGCCUCUACACCUUCCUGCCGAAGUACCUGGAGAGUCAGUUCCGCUUGCCCGUCCACAGCGCCGCCAUGGUGUCAGGUAUGGGCGGGAUUAUGGUGAUGGGCGUGGGCAUCUUCACCAGCGGCGUUUUCAUAAGGCGAGCCAAGCCCUCCGCCCGCGCCGUCUCAGGGUGGAUCGCCCUCACCGCCCUCGUCUAUGCCCUGGGGAUGGUGAUUCUGAUGUUCGUGGGCUGCCCGGUCGAGGACUUCGUGGGCCUCGAGAGUGGACCUAACGGCAAGCAUUUCGUGCAGGUGUGCAACAGGACCUGCGGGAACUGUGACGACAGCGCCUUCGCCCCGGUGUGUGGGACGAACGCGAGGACCUACUUCUCCGCCUGCCACCUCGGCUGCUCCAACGUCACCAAUUUAAAGGAAGAAAAUAAACUGGUGUUCUCAGACUGCGAGUGUCUUCCCGAGGGAGAAACAGCUGUUCUGAGGCUUUGCGAACUCCAAUGUUCCAACUUUACCUGGUAUGUUAUUAUAUUUUCCAUCUUCGUAUUGAUACAUUCCACAUCAGAAGUCGGUGGCAUGCUGGUCACCCUUCGCUGUGUUGAUCCCAAAGACAAAGCAAUGGCUCUUGGUCUCAUCUCCGGUGCUAUUGGUCUAUUCGGUAAUGUGCCAUGUCCCAUUAUAUAUGGUGCUGUGGUAGACUAUGCGUGUAUUCACUGGCAGGAGACUUGUCAUGAGCCAGGUGCAUGUCAGCUAUAUGACACUGAUAUAUUUAGAAUGUUCUUCCAUGGUAUCACAGGUAGUGUGAUGAUGUUGGCAUUUAUCGUGGAUGCAGUGGUGUGGUACAGGGCCAAGUCCGUGUCCUUCACCGACAUGGACGACACGUUCGAGGAGGCCGCGUCCAUGAGCCACAAGUCGGUGUCGCGGUCCCCGUCCACGGCCAUGAUCACCAUCCAGUCCCCCACGACGUCCACGGCGCAGGAUGUCUCUCCGAAGCUGUCGCCGAGUGAGGGGGAGCCUUCCGUCAGUCACGAGGACCAACCUGUAUCGAGUGUGUGAUAGGAAGGAAAGAAUUCUUGAGGAAUAUUAAAAAAAAAAAAAAAGAGAAAAAAAAUAUAAAUCCCAUUUCACUGAAGUAAAAAGAAACAUUAUAUUCAUCCACAUAAUUGCCAACAUAGUGCCACAUUAUCUUCACUAAUUUUCAUGGACUGGAAGCAUGAUAAGGCAUGGCUCAACUCCUGUAUAUCUCGGCAUGUGAUGAACCGUCAUUUCUUAUAAAGUCUUCAUUUUUGUAUGUAUCCAUAUGUAACUAAGCCGAGUUACACUUUAUGACAGACUAGUCUUGACUUCCAGGAGUGGCUGGUCUUGAAUGCUCCCCGAUCCUUUAUUUCUGUGAUGAGAACCAACUUUCACCUUUCAUGUAGUACCAUUAAUUAAUAAAGACUGGAGAGACAUUGUAACCUCGCAAGCAGUGAAAUCAAGCCUGACACAGUUCUUAACUGUCGCAUCGCUCACAGUGAAUCCACGUUCAGAAAUCUAGGACUGACCAAGGGACUGGGAUAGAGAGAUAUCAGGACAAGGAUAUUCUCAGUGUCUUGGAUCAGCUGGUACUCAACUUGCCAAUUUUUGAAAAGUUGGAGCAGAAUGAUAGUGUGUCAUCUGUACAUAUAAAUAUAUUUAGAAAAUGCUAGUAUAAUAAGAGCUUUCAUGAAUGAUUGUCGUUGUCUUCAGAAUAUAAAACUUGUACUAAUGCUCCGUUGCAUCAUCUGCAACCGGAGCGAUUUAUUGACAAGAUGUACUUUAGCCUUGGUUAUGUUAUGUCAUGAAUCUCAUUUUUAUUCGAUUUUUUUUUUCUCUAGUACACUAGAUUUAGUGUCAAAGAUCCCUUGGCUGAUAGAAGACAAAAUUUUAAGUUAACUAAUGCUUUUCAAAUAUUUUAUAGAUGAAACUACAGUAUAUACAAACUAUUAUAACCUCACAACAACUGAAAUGAUUCUUUAAAUCCACAUAACCAAGCGGGAGUUUUAUAAUGCACGUUGUUUUUAACUUUUUUAUAGGUUUUAGUAAAUCCUAAAAAGUUUCACUAGCUAUUGCUCAAUAUUUAAAUAGAAUAUAAGGAAUGCAAUACAACUAGCUAGUUACUAGUCUAAUAAAAGGCAUUCUGUUGUUCCUGUGAUGAACCUCUAUUUUAGGGUUUAUGAAAUGAGUAUACAGCAUAUUCACUAAUGUAAAGUAUUUCGUUCACGUUAAUGUCAUAUUUGGCAGUGCGCUAAACGAAUAUGUUUUCAUUCAGUUAAUAAAACUGUAGUUCGUAAAAUUAAAUGACCAUCGGUGACGCGUUUCCCACCCAUAAAUCAGUUUUUGUGAGGUUGUACUGUAUAAGGAAGGUAGUACUGUAUUCUAAACUGGAAAAUGCUAUGGCUUAUUUUCCAUUAAAGUAGCAAAGAGAGGUUGUGCUUGUAAAACAUUAAUUUGAAAUGUUAUUUUAUUAUUCAUCAGAUUAAUUACAAAAAAAAAAAAAUAAAGAUAUGUAUUGUGCUUUUCUUUUUGAACAAAACCAUUUGCUAAACGUGGCACAGAAUAUGUAAUUAUCAUAGGUGCAUUAUGUCCUCUUAUGGACGUCAGUUAUAGUGUGUAGUGACAGCCGUUGAAAGCUUGGUUUGAAUUGGUUCCAGAGCUUUCAACAUAACUUCGGAUAGAAUUUAGAUUUUUAUGUAUUUCAUGUCAUUAUUUUUAUUUAUUUUCUCUAUUAGUAAUGGCAGUUCCAACACCUGAAUUCCAAUAAUAGUUGACCAUUUUUGUCUGUUACAAUUUUUAAAAAUAUUUUUAUGAAGAAUAAGAUGUUGUGCCUCUUAGUAAAAAAAUAAAUAUUUUAUGUGGGUCUUGCAUAGAUAUUUAAAUAGGAUUUUUGUGAAGGACUUGUCUUCUCAGCAUUGCUUUCAAUGCAAAGCGAAUUCAUAUACCAUUAUCAGUAAAAGCUUUCAGCCUUUGCCAUCCAUUUCCUAAGGUUCGUAGAGGACAUGCUAUCAAGACGUUUUAUAGCUUUUGUAAUCGAAGUUCUAAUAUAUAGUAAGAACGAGCACUUCAAGUGUUAUACCAUCUUUCUGUCGUUUUACAAUUAUAUCUUUGCAUCAGGCGGUGUUCUCCAAAGAUUGUUUGCAAAGGAAGAUUUUUAAAUAAUCAGGAAAUAUCAAGAAUUAUGCGCUAAGUGCUACGACGCCCAAGAGUAAGCUCAAAUAGUGGAUGAUUUUUAGGCCAAUUGGUGGAUUUACACAUUUUGGGCGAGAGAAUCAACCGAAAUUUAAGUUUGGGUGAUUGUGUGUGUGUGUGUGCGCGCGCACGCGCACGCGCGUGCGUGCCCGUGUGUGUGUCGAUAUCUUUAAAUGAUUCUACUAUAUAUCAGAUGUUAUUCUAUAAAAGUCGUGUUAACAAAAGUAAUUUGGUAACAGUGAUGCAGUACCUAGGAGCUGCCAAUUUCGAUAAAAAAAAAAAAAAAAAAAGUAUAGCAUGAUUUGACGUGUAAAGAUUUAGGGCAUCUUUCCGCUACAUGAAGCUCCCGUUGAAUUAAGCGCUUAACAAAUAAUUCUUGUGAUCCUGAAAGUCUAUGGACGGAACUUUUUUUUCAUUUUCAAGAUUAUUUUUAAGGCCAGUAGUCAAUAUUAGUUCCGGGUUCCUGACAUAUGUUUGUCUAAAUUCUAAAAUCAUAUAGAGAGAUUCAGGCAUUUUCGAAACGAAUCAAAACAAAUUGUUAAUGCCAAAUGUAAUAUAUAUUUAACGUUUAUCUAACAGGAACAAACUAAAGUAAUUUAAUCAAUGUGCAGUUUUGCACUAAAAGCAUUUUCUUAUAUAAACACAGUCACUCUUCCUAUUUGUCGUAUCUAAAAAUAAUAUUGUGUAUAAUUAUCAACAGUAUAUAAUUGUCUGAUGAAAUAUUCACACUUCAUUUAUUCCUUUCUGUAUUCCAUUAUAUCCAUCACGACUUUUUUGCCACAGAUUAAAUAUCGACAAGUAAAGAUAUCUUAUUAUUUAAAGAAAUUUCCUGUAGUGAGCGUGUUUUAUAUCAGGUAAAACUAAGUUGUUUUAAAUAAGGAAACACGUCAUACCGUGCUUGUUGUCCAGAGUGAAUGUUUCGCACUGAAUUACGAAUUAAGUUUACACAAAUUACUUAAAUUUGUACCUCAUUUGUGUUAGGUUCCUAAGAUUAAUAUUUACUUAAAGACUUCAAUACUAUAUAAAAAAAUAACAAUAAUAAUAAUAAAGAGCCAUGAAUGUACAUAACUGAGGCAAGAUUGAUGACUCAGUCUUAUACAUUUGUUUUUAAUAUUUUGAAAAGUUAUUUGAUUUUAAGCAACAGGAAGAACACUUUAUAUAUCAUUCUUUUAGAAGAAAAAAAACAAUGUUUACUUAUUUACAAAACUACUGUACUGAAUGUGAACUAUCUAAUUUCUUAAAAUGGUAUAAAUAAAGUAUUUUCACAAGUUUAAUAUGAAAAA